AGUGAGGUUAAUUUUUUUAAAUCUAUUUUUUUAUAUAUUUUUCCUUUAAUUACUUAAAAUGCCUGUGGAGGAGAUUUUGAGGGUAUCUCCUGAUUUUUCUGUGCUUCUUGGCCUGCAACAGAGUUUGACGCCCUCGAGGAAUAAUGGAUUCUUGAAUAUGCUGAAGCUGAUGCAAAGAAAAGCGCUUUAGUUGCUAGUGGAGGCUGAGGAGGAAGUUGGGUCUUCAAAUUCAGGGUCAAACCGUCUCGAGAAUCGGAGUUCUGGUGGAAGUUCGAUUUGGAGCUUCAGUGCUGAUAGCGGCGGUGAGGAUUUGACUUCUGAAAAUGUAAGUGAAAGAAAUUCUGCUACGAGUUUGAACUGGGGGAGCAGAGGAAUGAGGAUAAAGGAGAAGCUGGAGAACAAGCUUACUCCUGUUGAACUUGAAGUGGAGGAUAUUUCUCAUCAGCAUGCUGGGCAUGCUGGCGUGGGGGGCAGCAAUGGGGGUCAAAACACAUUUUAACGUGAGAAUUGUUUCAAAGCAAUUUGAAGGGAAGAGUCGGAUCAAGUGGCAUAGGUUAAUAUAUGAUCUGUUGCAAGAUGAGUUGCGUAGUGGAUUGCAUGCUGUAUCUAUUGUGGCGAACACACCUUCAGAAGCUGAUGCCAGAUGAAGGGAAGUCGUGAAAUAGUCUGUUCAUACUUUGUU